AUGCCGUCCCUCAUAUCCGGCGGCUGGCACCGCGGCGAGCGCGCCAUGCACCGCGAGGCCCGCAAUCCUCACUUUGAGAACCCAACUUCGGACGGAUUGCCGAUGCCGUAUGCGGUGCGGGUGAUGCACUCACAGCUCCUUGCGCUCGGAACGCUGGACGAUCAAGGACGGCCGUGGACGACGAUUUGGGGUGGUGAGAGGGGGUUUGCAAGGCCCGUGGCGGAGGGCGUUUUGGGUAUUCGAAGUGCUGUGGACAAGGAGUAUGAUCCUGUAUAUGGUGCUUUCUGGAAAUCGCCCGACAGCAAAGUGAGCAGCGAGCCGGAUGAAGAGGGCAUCAUAAGGCCCGAGGGCGGCAAGAUGAUGAGCGCCUUGAGCAUCGAUUUAGAAACCCGAGACCGCGUCAAGCUCGCCGGUCGUCUCAUUGCUGGAGGCGACAUGCCAGGCCCCGACAGUGAAGUCCAGCUGGCCAUGGCAAUAAUGGAGAGCUUGGGCAAUUGCCCCAAAUAUAUUAACAAAAAGGCCCUCGAACCGAUUGUGCCUCGGCCGGAGCUGAUUCCCACAGACCCAGACGGGAUCCUGCCGCCAGAGGCAAUUGCGUUGAUUGAAAAGGCAGACAUGUUCUUUCUGUCGAGCACAAAUGGCGAUAGCAUGGACACCAAUCACAGAGGAGGACCGAGGGGUUUCAUCAGAGUGUUGCGGAAUGACGAAGGGGGAGUCGAGUUGGUAUAUCCAGAAUACUCUGGAAACAGACUAUACCAAUCCCUAGGAAACCUCAAAGUCAACCCCCUCAUCGGCCUCGUCAUCCCCGACUACGACACCUCCGACGCCCUCUACCUCACCGGCGACUCCACCAUCCUCCUCGGCAAAGAAGCCGCCGCCCUUCUCCCACGCUCCAACAUGGCCGUCAAAAUCACCGUCUCGGCCUCCCACCUCGUCAAGGCCAGCCUCCCCUUCCGCGGCACGCCCAACGAACCCUCGCCCUACAACCCUCCCGUCCGAUAUCUGCUCUCCGAAAGAGCGCCCGCCCUGGCGUCCACAGACCGUCCAGACAUCAGCGCCACUCUCGUAUCACGAGAGGUUCUCACACCAACAAUCGCCGUCUUCACAUUCAAGCUCGAAACAACAAAUCCUCGCGACAUGCCCCAAUGGCAACCAGGCCACCACAUCACCAUGGGCUUCGAAACCGAACUCAGCAACGGCUACGCCCACAUGAACGACCGCGACCCCCAGUCUCUCAACGACGAUUACGUCCGCACCUUUACCGUCUCCAGCCCUCCCAAUUCCCUCUCCUCAAAGGACCUCUUCCAGAUCACCGCCCGCCUCCACGGCCCCGUCACGAAAUUCCUCUGGCGCCACAACCCCGUCUCUCCGCUAGACAUCUCCGUCAUGGGCUUCGGUGGUAAAGACGCCUUCCACUUACCCACAUCUACCUCUGCCGCAAAAGAAUCCGUCUUUGUCGCCGGCGGCGUCGGCAUCACGCCCCUCCUCGCCCAGGCCAAAGCCGUACUCGACGCCUCUGUCCCGCUGACGCUGCUAUGGACAUUACGUGGCGAGGAUCUUCCCCUGGCGAUUCACACAUUCGACAAGAUCCCCGGAUUGGCGGAAAGGAGUACCAUAUUUGCGACAGGAUCGCUUGCUUCGGGUGAAAUCAAAAAGCUGAUUGAGAAAAUUAGUGAGCGGGGGGCGACGGUGGAGGAACGACGGAUCAAUACCCGGGAUUUUGAAGGCGUAAUGGGAAGUGGAAAGAAAUUUUAUCUAUGUACGGGAGCAUCACUGUUGGCUACGUUGAGGGGAUGGUUGGAGAGCGAGGAUGUGGUUUGGGAGGAUUUUGGAUACUAG